CCCGCCCUCCCGCCCCCCCGCGCGGCGCUGGGCAGCAGCGGGGCCGCCGCCAUUUUGGAGGCAGCCGGAGCUCCGCACCCGCACCUCGCCGCCCGCUGUCAGCGCAGCCCCGGCCGCCGCGCCCCGCCUCGGCCGCGGCCCAUGCCCGCCGGGCCGCCGGCCCUCGCAGCCAGGCAGCGCGCCAGCCGCCCCGCCGCGGGGCGGAGGGCAGCCCCGCACCGUCAGCAGGAUAGAAAGCUUGAGAAAGAACUCGCACUGGAUGAGAAGAAUUUUCUGAAGCUGGAUAUAUUCCUGGAACUGUAACCCAAAUGUUUCUCUGUCCGUGGAGAAGAUUUCACGUUUGAAGUAACUCCUACUGAAGCCCGUCGUGUCCCAUCACCAUGUUCUGGAAGUUCGACCUGAACACGACGUCGCACGUGGACAAGCUGCUGGACAAGGAGGAUGUGACGCUGCAGGAGCUGAUGGACGAGGAUGACGUGCUGCAGGAGUGCAAGGCGCAGAACCGCAAGCUGCUGGACUUCCUGUGCCAGCAGCACUGCAUGGAGCAGCUCGUCACCCUCAUCACGCACGAGCCGCCCCUGGACAUGGACGAGAAGAUCCGCUUCAAAUACCCCAACACGGCCUGCGAGCUGCUGACCUCGGACGUGCCGCAGAUCAACGACAAGCUCGGCGGGGACGAGACUCUGCUCAACAUCCUCUACGAGUUCCUGGAUCACGAGCCCCCCCUGAACCCCCUGCUCGCCAGCUUCUUCAGCAAGACCAUCGGGAAUCUCAUCGCCAGAAAGACCGAACAGGUGAUUGCAUUCUUAAGGAAAAAGGAGAAGUUCAUUAGCCUGGUGCUAAAGCACAUAGAUACGUCGGCGAUGAUGGACCUCCUGCUUCGCCUCAUCAGCUGCGUGGAGCCCGCCACGCUGCGCCAGGAAGUCCUGAACUGGCUUAACGAAGCAAAGAUCAUCCAGCGCCUGGUGGAGCUGAUCCAUUCCAGCCAGGACGAGGACAGGCAAUCAAACGCUUCCCAGACCCUGUGCGACAUCAUCAGACUGAGCAGAGACCAGAGCAAUCAGCUCCAGGACGUGCCUGAGCCCGACCCACUUCUCACAGCACUGGAAUCGCAGGAAUGUGUGGAGCAGCUCCUGAGGAACAUGUUUGACGGCGAGCAGACUGAGAACUGCAUAGUGAACGGGACGCAGGUUCUGCUGACGCUGCUGGAGACGCGGCGCUCUGGAGUGGAAGGACUGAUGGACUCGUACACUCAGGGAUUCGAAAGGUCUUACACUGUCAAUAGCAGCAUCUUACAGGGGAUCGAGCCCCGGCUGAAGGAUUUCCACCAGCUGCUGCUCAGCCCUCCCAAGAAAACAGCAAUCCUAACCACGAUCGGGGUCUUGGAGGAGCCUCUGGGGAACGCGCGUCUUCACGGCUCCCGGCUCAUCGCUGCUCUGCUCCACACAAACACUCCCAGUAUUAAUCAGGAACUAUGCAGACUCAGUACCAUGGAUUUAUUACUUGACUUAUUUUUUAAAUACACGUGGAAUAACUUUUUGCAUUUCCAAGUGGAACUGUCCAUAGCAGCUAUUCUCUCGCACUCGGUGCAAGAGGGAAAACCCACUACUGCCGACCCAGAGAGCAAAGACGAGGUGCUGAACGGGAACGUGGCCACCGAGAACUCGCAGCCCCCGGAAAACACCCCCGAGAACAUCAUGGUGACUCACCUGUUCCAGAAGUGCUGCCUGGUGCAGAGGAUACUGGACGCCUGGGAAGCCAACGACAGAAUCCAGGCAGAAGGCGGCAUGAGGCGGGGGAACAUGGGCCACCUCACCCGCAUCGCCAACGCCGUGGUGCAGAACAUGGAGAAGGGGCCCAUGCAGACUCAGAUUAGCGAGUUCAUUAAAGAGCUGCCCGAGGACUGCAGAGGGAGGUGGGAGAGUUUUGUGGAAGAGACGCUGACGGAGACAAACAGGAGGAACACGGUGGAUUUGGUGAGCACGCACCACCUGCACUCCUCCAGCGAGGACGAGGACAUCGAGAGCGCCUUUCCCAACGAGCUGUCUCUGCAGCAGGCCUUCUCCGAGUACCAGAUCCAGCAGAUGACGGCCAACUUCGUGGAUCAGUUUGGCUUCAACGACGAGGAGUUCGCAGACCAGGACGACAACAUCAACGCUCCCUUCGACAGGAUCGCAGAGAUCAACUUCAAUAUCGAUGCUGAUGAUGACAGCCCCAACGCUUCCCUGUUUGAAGCCUGCUGCAAUGAGCGCAUCCAGCAGUUCGACGACAACGAGGAGGAGGAAGACAUCUGGGAAGACAAGGAGAUCACCUAUGCAACCCAAGUGAAGUCAAGGACACGAUUUGGAGCAUCUCAGACCUCAGAGAGUUCAUCCAAAAGCGACCUCGAGAACGGAGAUCACGACUGUAGCGUGGACUCGGAAGAAGAGGAGGAAACGGAACAGCAGGCGCCUCCUUCCUCAGCAAACAGCAACAAGAAUGGUGUUUCUGAGCAGAAAGACUCUGACUCCUCUGAAGGCUCGGGCUGGACGGCCGUGUUCGAGCCCGUCGGCUCCAAGCCGCCCGCGCCCUGCGUGGCCAUGGACGUCGGCUCCAGCGUCUGGGACUCGGCCGCCCCCGGGAACGCCGCCCCCGAGGACAAGGGCUGGGCCAAGUUCACCGACUUCCAGCCCUUCUGCUGCUCGGAGUCAGGCCCGCGGUGCAGCUCUCCCGUCGGCACGGACGGCAGCGGCUCAGGAGGAAACCCGAAGCAGAGCCCAGACAAGAACUUCAGUGCCGCCUCUCCGUGCGUUUGGAACGUGUGUGUGACGAGGAAAGCGCCGCUGGUGGCCUCGGACAGCAGCUCCUCGGGAGGCUCGGACAGCGAGGAGGAGGAGGACAAGGCCGAGACCGUCACGGAGACCAUCAGCACCGGCUCGGGCCAGGAGACCAUCAAGCUGACCAUGGAUGCUAAGAACGAGAAGGCUGUUUUCACCAGAGUGUUUAGACCUGCAGACAGAGGGUAUGUAUGACGGGGUCCUGCCCCG